UGCCUGUAGCUCGGUGCUCGGGCUCGUGGGGCCGCGCAGAGCAGCUGCCCGCCUUGUGGCCCUUUGAGAGCAACUGAGCCGGUUCCGCUGCAGUGAGUUCCGGAGAGUCUGAGCGAGUCAGCGUCCUCUUUUUAAGACGAACGGUUCUUAGAAAGGUCCUGAAAGGAGAAGUUGAACGAAUAACGACAUCAAAUGUUGUUCCACUUUUAUUAGUUAACGGCGAGCGUAAAAGCAAACCUUUAGGAUCCUUCACCCAGGGUGGCCGCUGUAUUAACUGAUGAGGAGGUGGCAGGAUCCUUCUUGUUAAUUCAAGCCAAGUGAAUGAAAGUAAAACAUUUCGGUCCUUCACCUGAGAUUACCUGAUUUUGUUCUCGGGUCGCCUACUUUUUCUAAUAGUCAUGAUGUCACAAAAGAGCUCACCUGCUCAAAAAAGACCCUGUAGAAGCUUAUCUACCGGCAAAACUACGAAAAGCCAGUCUCAUUCCAUUACCUCGUAUUUUAACAGUGCACCACCUGCUAAACUUGCAUGUUCAAUUUGUCAUAAAAUGGUGCCCAGGUAUGACUUAAUCCGGCACCUUGAUGAGUCUUGUGCUAACAAUGGUGAAAUCGUUCAAAAUGAGCCUGCUCAGGCUGGUUUAAUUAACCCAACUGUGCCUACAUCGGAUUUACCCAGUACUCCUUUAGAAGAUAUGACACCUCAGAAAUUAUCACCACCAAAGAGACGUUUAAUCUCUGCCCAGUGUGGUUCAAAACUGGGCAUGCGACAGCAGACCAGUCCCUACUUUAAAGAAGCCUUGGUGUGCAAAAAUCAAAAUGAGCUUCCAAAUCAGAGUGUGGAAAUUAGGUCUUUGGGAAGUCUGUCAUCAAAACUGUCCAGAAGGUACGUAAAAGCUAAAAAAUCACUCUCUAAGAACGAGGGACUAGCCAGUCAUUGCCCACCGACUUCUCUGUCCCCACCUGGCACCAGCCUGGUUGAUAACUGUCCAGAGAUGGAAAACAAAGAUGAGAUUUUGAACAGUUCCCAGAAGGAAAACAUUUAUUCGUGUGCACCUCUAGAGGAAGAGACCGAUUCAGAACAGAAGGUAAAGAGCAGUAAAAGGAUGGCAGAUGAAAGUCAGAAAGCUUCCGGUGGGGAGCCGGCCCUCACGCCUGCAUCCCCAGAGCAUGCCCCCAUAUUACUGUCCUCAGACUUAACUCUUGUCAAUAACACAGAUUCCUCUUCGGGAGACGCUCUCCAACAAGAAGAUGCCGGAAGGAUAGGUGUAGGGGUUGAUGAACAGCUUGCGGCAUGCAGCCAUGAAGAAGUACAAAUGACUGUUGAUGCUGAGGUGGGAACGCUGGUGUCAGGGGAGGCGGAAUCAAAUAGUCCUGCUGACAACGAUGAUGAUGAUGAUGCGUCUACAUGGACUAAGAACCCAGAGCUUAGGGAAGCUGGCAGUGCCUUAAAGAGACAAGGGGCUUGCAGUCCACUGGAGCAGGGCACCAGUUGUAUUCCCAGUGUGACAGCUCAACCCCAACCGAGUCACCCGUACUACCUGAGGAGCUUCCUGGUGGUUCUGCAGGCCAUCCUUGAGAACGAAGAGGACAUGAAGCUCUUCGAUGACCAGGAGAAGGGCGUUAUAGCUAAGUUUUACCAGCUGUCAGCCAGUGGUCAGAAGUUGUAUGUGAGGCUCUUCCAACGUAAAUUAACCUGGAUUAAAGUGAGUAAACUGGAGUAUGAAGAGAUUGCCUCGGACUUAACCCCUGUGGUUGAAGAAUUGAAGGACUUAGGCUUUCUACAGACAGAAUCUGAGUUGCAAGAACUCUCCGAUGUACUUGAACUCCUUUCUGCUCCUGAGCUGAAAGCCCUGGCCAAAACCUUCCACUUGGUGAGUCCCGGUGGGCAGAAGCAGCAGCUGGUAGACGCCUUCCUCAAACUGGCCAGACAGCGCUCAGUCUACACUUGGGGCAAGACUCAGCCUGGAAUCAGAGCGGUGAUUUUAAAAAGAGCUAAAGGCUUGGCUGGCCCGUCCCUUCGAGUCUGUAAAGGCCCUAGGGCUGUGUUUUGCCGCCUCCUGCUUCUGUUCUCGUUGACUGAUUCCAUGGAAGACGAAGAAGCUGCGUGUGGGGGUCAAGGUCAGCUGUCUACUGUGCUAUUGGUCAAUCUGGGCCGAAUGGAGUUUCCUCAGUACAGCAUCAGCCGGAAGACCCAGAUCUUCAGGGACAGAGAGGAUCUUAUCAGAUACGCAGCCGCCGCGCACAUGCUGAGUGACAUCUCAGCUGCCAUGGCCAGUGGGAACUGGGAAGAAGCUAAGGAGCUUUCUCAGAUUGCAAAGAGGGACUGGGACCAACUGAAAAGCCACCCUUCCCUGAGAUACCACGAGGCCUUGCCACUCUUUCUGCGCUGUUUUACUGUCGGGUGGAUCUACACAAGGAUUUCCUCUCGGACUGUUGAAGUACUAGAGAGACUUCACAUGUAUGAGGAAGCUGUCAAGGAACUUGAAAACCUCCUGGCUCAGAAAGUCUAUUGUCCUGACAGCAGAGGCCGCUGGUGGGACCGCCUGGCUCUUAACCUGCACCAGCACCUGAAGCGUCAGGAAGAGGCAAUUCGGUGCAUCAAGGAAGGCCUGGCAGAUCCACAAGUGAGGACAGGACACCGACUUUCUCUUUAUCAGCGAGCUGUGCGCCUUCGAGAGUCUCCGAGCUGUAAAAAGUACAGGCAUCUCUUCAGCCAGCUGCCAGAAGUCGCUGUGGGAGACGUUAAGCAUGUGACUAUCACAGGCCGGCUGUGCCCACAGCAUGGGAUGGGCAAGUCUGUGUUUGUCAUUGAGGGUGGAGACCCCACCAACCCCACCACAAUCCUGUGUUCUGUGGAGGAACUGGCGCUGGAUUAUUACAGGCAGAGUGGCUUUGACCAAGGGAUUCACGGAGAAGGGUCCACCUUCAGCACCCUGUGUGGCCUCCUGCUGUGGGAUAUCAUCUUCAUGGAUGGAAUACCAGAUGUCUUCAGAAAUGCCUACCAGGCCUCCCCCCUGGAUUUGCUCACAGACAGCUUCUUCUCAAGCAGGGAGCAGGCCCUGGAAGCCAGGCUGCAGCUGAUCCACAGCGCCCCUGCUGAGAGCCUGCGGGCCUGGGUGACUGAAGCAUGGCAGGCCCAGCAAGGCAGGGCGGCUUCUCUGGUCAGCUGGGAUCGCUUCACUUCCCUUCAGCAAGCUCAGGACCUCGUCUCCUGCCUCGGGGGUCCUGUCCUCAGCGGUGUGUGCAGGCGCCUGGCUGCUGACUUUCGGCACUGCCGAGGAGGCCUCCCUGAUUUGGUGGUGUGGAAUUCUCAGAGCCACCAUUGCAAGCUGGUGGAAGUUAAAGGCCCCAGUGAUCGCCUGUCAUGUAAGCAGAUGAUCUGGCUGGAUGAACUACAAAAGCUGGGGGCAGACGUAGAAGUAUGCCAUGUGGUUGCAGUUGGUGCUAAGAGCAAAGGUCUUGGCUGAAAGAUGUCACACAGGGGACAUCUGGCCAUCUACUGGGACAAGAUCUUCAAGUGGAUAAAAAUGUCACACUGAGGACAUCUGGCCAUCUACUGGGAUAAGACCUUCAGUCGGAUAAAAAUGUCACACAGGGGACAUCUGGCCAUCCACUGGGACAAGAUUGUCAAGAGGAUAAAGCUGUUUGCACUGUCUCCACUUUGGCUUGCCCGACACCUGAGAUGGGCGGGUGGACUGUUGAAAAUGUAGAAGUCUGCAUGGGCGUUGUAGGAGCUGACUGCUUCCAUGUUGUUAAGCUUUUAAAAAAGCCAGAGGGAAAAUGAACAUGGUGGACUUUAGUUGACACUUGAGCUUCUCUACUAAAUGCAUUGGUAGUGCAACCCUUGAACUGGGGUUGUCUCAUGGUUAUCCAAGAAGGGCAGGGCCCGUAGGAAGUUUGAUUUCCUUAGGGGGAAAAGUAAGAACAACCAAAACCAAAUUCCUUAUUUAAAGGGAGGAAGGAUCCAGAGUAUUUCAGGUGAGGUAUCACAAUCCGUAUCCAGCUUCGAGCUUUUGGAUUAUGUGUGAUUAAAAACCUGUGCCAAGAUGUUAGAAAAAAAUGCCCUCCUGAGGUAUUCUGACUUGGUCAAAAAUGCCCUCCUGAGGUAUUCUGACUUGGUCAAAAGUUGGUCUGGAGCCUCACUCUGCUCUCAACUGACUGUGAGAUGGUUUACCUCAUUAAAAAAAAAGAAAAGCGAAAUAUCCCAUUCUUGAAAGUGAAGUCCGCUCUGUACUGACCGUGCUUCCUCCUGCUCACCUCGCUGAGCCCAGUCCCAGCGCUCACAUCAAGACCUGUGCUCUGCCGGGCAUGUGCCAAGGAGCUGCCUAUCAGGUUACUUCAUGAGCUGACUGGCUCCCGAGUGCCAGGUAUAGAAGUUUAAAAGCCAGAGAGGUAAUAUGUGACUGUGGCUCCCAUGGUCACUAGGAAGCUUUGGGGGAGGACGGGAAUGUAGAAAUUACAGUACAGUUACUACAGGAUGGAGAAGGGGAGGCCUUCAUUUAGAGAGUGAAAAUGUUUCUGCUAGUCAAAGCACAUUAUGUAGCUGGGAGUGGUGGCUCACACCUGUAAUCCCAGCAUUUGAGAGGCUGAGGCAGGAGGAUUACCUUGAGUUUAAGGUCAGACCAGGCUACAAAUGAGACUGUCUCAAAAAAAGGAAAAGAAGCUCAUGAGUGCUCUGGCCACUCUGCACUGUGGAACAAGCAGAUGAUAAACACUCGGGUUCAUGUGUUGGGGAGGCACAGGCCCUGGUUCCCAGGCCUAGUGAAGCCUGAGACCCACACAGUAGGGAACAGACUCCGAAAUUGACCUCUGAACUUCACCCGUGUGCCACAGUAUACACAUGCUCAUCUACACACAAUAAAUAAAAACGUGUUUAAGACAUUAACAA